AUGUCUGCAAUGAUGCUUCUGCUGCUGCUAUGUCUCUCACUGGGGACAAUUUCAGUCGUGCACUGUGGAGACCCUACCAUAUUCUUCGACUGGAAUGUCUCCUACGGAACCCUCUCUCCACUGGGUACACCGCAGCAAGUCAUUCUCAUCAAUGGUCAAUUUCCUGGACCCAACAUUAAUUCCACCACAAACAACAACGUUGUGGUGAACGUGUUCAAUAACCUGGACGAUCCAUUCCUUUUGACAUGGAGUGGCAUCCAGCAGAGGAAGAAUUCAUGGCAAGACGGAACACUUGGAACUAUGUGCCCCAUUCCGCCGGGUAAGAACUUCACCUAUCAGUUCCAAGUGAAGGAUCAGAUUGGUAGCUUUAUAUACUAUCCAUCAACUGCCAUGCACAGGGCGGGGGGUGCAUUUGGCGGUCUCCGCAUCAAUAGUCGUAAUUUGAUCCCAGUUCCUUAUGAUACUCCGGAGGAUGACUACACUGUCCUCAUCGGGGACUGGUACAAAAAAAGUCACACCGAUCUAAAGAAACAACUGGACGGCGGUCGCUCUAUGGCCAGGCCUGACGGUGUCCUCAUCAACGGUAAAGAUGCAAAGGGGGACGGUAAAGACGAGCCACUCUUCACCAUGAAAGCCGGCAAGACAUAUAAGUUUAGGAUUUGCAAUGUAGGUCUCAAGAGCAGCCUCAACUUUAGGAUCCAAGAGCACUGGAUGACGUUGGUGGAAAUGGAGGGCUCCCACACCGUCCAAAAUACGUACCAGUCACUUGACGUCCAUCUAGGGCAAUGCAUGGCGGUGCUAGUCACAGCAGACAAAGACCCCAAAGACUAUUACAUAGUAGCGUCCACAAGAUUCACCAAAACCGUGCUCACCGGUAAGGGCAUCCUACGUUAUGAAGGUGGUAAGGGCCCUGCUGAUCCUGAGCUCCCUGAGGCUCCAGAAGGAUGGGCAUGGUCUCUCAAUCAGUUCCGUUCCUUCCGUUGGAAUCUCACUGCUAGUGCUGCUAGGCCUAACCCUCAGGGCUCCUACCAUUAUGGUAAGAUUAACAUCACCCGCACCCUCAAACUCGUUAACGCCGCCACCCAAGUGGACGGCAAGCUACGGUACUCCAUAAACGGAGUCUCCCAUGUGGAUCCUGAAACCCCACUCAAGCUUGCUGAAUACUAUGGAGUGGCUGACAAGGUGUUCAAGGCCGACACCAUCAAGGAUGAUCCCCCGGCUGACGUGGACACCAAGGCCAUUAUACAACCCAAUGUUGUGAAUCAAACCCAUAGAGAUUUUGUGGAGAUCAUCUUCGAGAACCACGAGAAGAGCCUCCAGACAUGGCACGUGUCGGGAUACGCAGUCUUCGCUGUCGGCAUCGAGCCAGGGCUAUGGACACCGGAAAAGAGAAGUACCUACAACCUUCUUGACGCUGUGAGCAGGCACACAAUCCAAGUGUACCCCAAAUCAUGGGCUGCCAUCAUGACAGCAUUCGACAACCCCGGAAUGUGGAAUAUUAGGUCUGAACAUCCGGAACGGCGCUACUUAGGGCAACAACUCUAUGUCACCGUUCCUAAUAUUGCACGUUCUACCAGGGACGAGUACAACAUGCCAGAUAGCGCCCUGCUCUGCGGCAUUGUUAAGGACAUGCCCAAGCCCCCACCUCCUUACUCCAUCGCGUGA